CGAGAACACAGCAGCAGCGAAUCCACGGCUGCAAGUUUUGAUGAGAACGAAUUUGGUGCCGUCGAUGAGUGCGAGAGAAGCGGAGACUCGGUGCUGAAGACACGGGGUAUCAAGUGUGGUUUUGCGGUCCCCCGUCUGACCGAGAAACAUGAAAGUCCUAGCCUGCGUGGUCGUAUUCCUGGUCGCGUCCACCUAUGCGCAAGGGGGUAAGAAGUCUGACGAGCCGUGCAAUGGGCGAGACUGCAGCAGAGGAUGUCAGUGCAACCCAGAGAAGGGCAGCCGGGGUCGUCCUGGACCCCUGGGUGAGGUGGGUCCCAGUGGAGCUGAGGGGCCUCGGGGAGGACCCGGGCACAUGGGGCCCAAAGGAGAGAAGGGCCACAUCGGACUGAAGGGGCCAUCCGGACCCAAGGGAGACAAGGGGCCUAUGGGUGUGCCCGGCUUCUCAGGAAAUGAUGGUGUGCCUGGCCACCCCGGCGCUGAUGGUCCAAGGGGUCCCCCGGGUCUUGAUGGCUGUAAUGGGACGAGAGGCGAGCCUGGGGACCCCGGCUAUGGCAUUGGACCACCUGGAAAUCCUGGACCUGCUGGAAUAGUUGGACCAAAAGGACAGAAAGGAGAGCCUGUUUACAUCUCUGACAAUGGUGGCACGAGUUUACCAGGAUUUCCAGGAUCCAAUGGCCCACCUGGAGUACGCGGCCCCGAUGGUGGACCUGGAGCUCCUGGACCAAUUGGACCCAAUGGAUAUCCUGGCCUGCCUGGUCCUCCCGGUCCUCCAGGGCCCAUGGGAAGUCAUGGUGAAGGAUAUUGGGGAGAAAAGGGAGACAAGGGUGACGUUGGUCUUCCUGGUCCGAGUGGCUCCACUGGAGAUGAACCUUUAGUCAGCGAACAGACCCUCACCAUUUACAAAGGAGACAGGGGUGACCCAGGUCCAAAGGGAAUUCGUGGAUUCCCUGGUACCCCGGGGCGACCUGGACCAUUUGGAUAUCCUGGAUUGGUUGGAGAGAAAGGAAUCCCAGGAUAUCCAGGCGCACGUGGCCCACCUGGUUUUAAUGGACCUCCUGGUGGUCCAGGUCAGCAGGGAUACAGAGGCAAUCCAGGCUAUCCAGGGGCCCCAGGAAUCCCAGGAGGAAAGGGAGAGCAAGGAGAACCCGGAUUUCCAGGACCCCCAGCGUAUGUCACCGAUUUGGGCACUGCUGUUCAAGGUCCACCUGGAGACAACGGCCGUCCUGGGAUCCCUGGUCCCCGCGGCGACCAAGGUCCUCCAGGAUUUCCUGGCCUUCCCGGAGUUCCAGGAACAUACACAGGAAUUGGAGCACGUGGAGCCCCAGGUUUCCCUGGUACACCAGGUCCAAAGGGAGAGAAGGGCAGCCCAGGUAUCCCAAGCUACGGCCCCGAGGGUCAGUCCGGCUCCCCUGGACUCCCAGGACAACCCGGAGUUGCUGGACCCCCUGGACCCUCUGGACCUGGUAUAGGUGGAAUUGCUACCCCAGGAGAGCCUGGACUGCCGGGGGCCAGAGGAGAGCCAGGAAGCCCUGGGUUUAAAGGAGUCAGAGGUGAUGUUGGAGACUGUGCCUGUGCUGGGGGCGGUGUUCCGGGGACCCCAGGCGCUGAGGGACCCCCCGGACCCACUGGGUCCCCUGGGUUUCCUGGAGCAAAGGGAGAACCCGGAGACGGAGGAGCGCCAGGAUUCAACGGACUUCAAGGACCUCCAGGCCCAGCUGGACCUCGUGGUGGAUUUGGGCGUAAAGGAGAGAAGGGUGCUUCAUAUUAUCCCAGUCAGGGUUUGGGGGUGAAAGGCGAGAUUGGAGCCCAGGGACCCAGAGGACCCACCGGAGAGACUGGAAAACCAGGCAGAGACGGACUGCCCGGUUUCCCCGGAGCCGUCGGACCUCCUGGCGAUGCUGGUUAUGGCACAGUCGGUGAAAAGGGCUUCGCAGGAUUCCCCGGUCCAAAGGGUCUUCCUGGAGGUCCCGGAGAGCCAGGGGUGGGCUACGCAGGGACCCCCGGAUACAGAGGCGAGCCUGGGGACCCUGGUAUCCCUGGAUUCCCUGGAACACCCGGAGUCCCUGGAGAGAAAGGCACCAAUCUUCCCUGCACUAUUCCUGGAGAACCUGGAGAGCCCGGUUAUCCUGGUAUCCCGGGGCGACCAGGGCCUAAGGGACAGCCUGGGUCCAGUGGAAACCCAGGGCGUCCUGGUUUUGAUGGAACAAAAGGAGAAAGAGGAGACCCAGGUUACGGAGGCCAGCCAGGACCACAAGGUUUCCCUGGACCCAGAGGAGACCCUGGUAUUCCGGGUGUACCAGGAACCAGUUUGAAUGGAGCGAGGGGAAAGGACGGUGUGCCUGGUAUUCCUGGAGCGAAGGGCCAACCUGGAGAUGUGCUGGGGGCCACUCCUGGACCACCAGGGCUCAAUGGCUUUCCUGGGGCCCCUGGAGACAAGGGCCUGCCUGGGACCCCCGGAGGACCUGGUGCACCUGGUUUGGAUGGGCGUAAUGGUGUUCCCGGAUUGAAGGGAGAGCGAGGAGUUGAUGGUGCACCAGGUUUCCCCGGAGCUCAGGGACCUCCAGGAGAAUACACAGGAGGGGUCCCAGGACGGCGAGGAGAACCUGGUCCCAAAGGACUGAGCGGACCCCCAGGUUAUCCCGGUCGUAAAGGAGACAGGGGAGAUCCAGGAUUCCCGGGCCCCUCUGGCAUGAAGGGCACUCCGGGUCUGCCUGGCAUCCCAGGGAGCCCCGGACCCCAAGGACCCCCCGGACUCCCCGGACCUGGCACCGUUCCCGGAAUCCCUGGAAUACCAGGUGUCAAGGGUGAGAGAGGUUUCCCAGGCUUAAUGGGUUUCCCUGGACUCCCUGGUCGUCCUGGAUCUCCCGGUUUUCCGGGUGGGAAGGGUUUUCCGGGAGACCCCGGAAGAAACGGACGGGACGGGGGCCCUGGAUUCACUGGACCUAAAGGUGAGAGAGGGUACCCCGGCCGCCCUGGUCCCCCCGGUGUGGCCCCUCCCUCUCUGCUUGUGGAGAAGGGAGAUUACGGAAACCCCGGUAGCAGUGGUUUUCCUGGAUUCACUGGACCCAGAGGUGACAAAGGUCUGCCGGGCCUGCCUGGUCGUCAGGGUCUACCGGGACUUCCUGGUUUUGCGGAGCAGAGUAAGGGUCUUCCUGGAGUUCCUGGUCUCUCUGGGAUACCAGGAACACCAGGCUUCCCCGGACCCAAAGGAGAGGCCGGCAUCAAUGGUUUCCCUGGGGGGGCUGGACCAAGGGGUGAUGAUGGUGCUCCUGGUUUGCCUGGUAAUCCUGGAGAGCCUGGUCGUCCUGGUGCUAAAGGUCUUCCUGGAGAUUCUUUUGGAGGAUAUCCAGGAGGCCCCGGACCCAAAGGACUCCCCGGAGAGCCAGGCUUCUCAGGAGGCCGUGGGCUGGAUGGAGCUCGUGGAGAUGAUGGUUUUCCAGGAAGUCCAGGAUUCCCCGGAUCCAAAGGACAGCCUGGAGAACCUGGAGGCCCUGGAAUAACAGGUUCCCCUGGUUUCCCUGGUCCCAAAGGUCUUCCGGGAUACCCAGGACCAAGAGGCUCAGACGGGUUACCUGGAGGUCCAGGUGGACCUGGAGGACCUGGAGCUAAAGGUUUGCCUGGUUCCCCUGGUUUGGAUGGACUUAAUGGACUCCCAGGACCUAAAGGACUUCCAGGAACGCCAGGUACCAGUUUAGGAGGUCGUCCCGGAACUCCAGGUAUCCCCGGACAGAAGGGAGAGAGAGGCGUGUCUUUCCCAGGAAUCCCAGGAUUCAAUGGGGCUAAAGGAGAAAGGGGAGCGCCAGGUGGUCCUGGACUGCCAGGUUUCCCCGGUCGCCCUGGUCCACCUGGUCCCACUGCUGUGUCCAGUGCUGUGGGUCCACUCGGAGAUCCUGGUCUGCCUGGUUUGGAUGGAGAAUAUGGUUUCCAGGGCCCCCCCGGUCCCCCUGGUCCCCCUGGCCCAGGCACCUCUCAGGGAGAUAGAGGCGAUUCCGGUCUCCCUGGUUUUCCUGGAACUCCGGGACAGAAAGGAGAGCCUGGUUUGCCUGGAGGCCCUGGUGCCCCUGGGAGUACUGGGUUCAAAGGAGAGAGAGGUGAACCUGGAUUCAGCGGUGGUUCUGGUCUGAAAGGAUUUUCUGGAGAUCCUGGAUAUUACGGAGGAAAAGGACCAAAAGGAUUUAGAGGUCCCCCUGGUCGCAAGGGUCCCCCUGGUCUCACCCUCCCAGCCCCCCCUAUCACUCGGCCUCUGUACGGAGACAUGGGCGUGGCUGGAGAGUCCGGAGGUUCUGGAUCACCUGGAGAGCCUGGUCAGCCUGGCCUCCCUGGACGCCCAGGUCCUAAGGGGCGCCUCGGUUCUGUGGGCAGAUUGGGUAGACCCGGGUCUCCUGGUUCCCCUGGUUUCCUUGGUGAUGCUGGACCUCCUGGAUUCCCUGGACCAAAUGGAGAGCAAGGUUUACCUGGAGCACCUGGUCGCCCUGGACCCCCCGGAGCAGUGGGCCGCAGUUACAGUAUUGGCUACACGAUGGUGAAGCACAGUCAGAACUCCCAGAUCCCCAUGUGCCCCCAGGGCAUGGCCAAACUGUGGGAUGGAUACAGUCUGCUCUAUGUGGAGGGACAGGAGAAGGCUCAUAACCAGGAUCUAGGUCAGCCAGGCUCUUGUCUCCCUCGCUUCAGCACCAUCCCAUUCCUUUACUGUUCUCCAAACGAGGUGUGUUAUUACGCCAGCCGCAAUGAUAAGUCCUAUUGGCUCUCCACCACCGCCCCCAUCCCCAUGAUGCCUGUGGCUGAAGACCAGAUACGGCCCUACAUCAGCAGAUGUGCGGUGUGUGAAGCUCCGUCCCAGGCUGUGGCGGUCCACAGUCAGGACACCACCAUCCCCAACUGCCCCGCGGGCUGGAGGAGUCUCUGGAUCGGAUACUCGUUCCUCAUGCACACCGCAGCUGGGGCAGAGGGUGGCGGGCAGUCCCUGGUCUCUCCUGGCUCAUGUCUGGAGGACUUCCGGGCGACGCCUUUUAUUGAAUGCAAUGGGGGCAAAGGGACGUGCCAUUACUUCGCCAACAAGUACAGCUUCUGGCUCACCACGGUGGACCCCCGAGAGGAGUUUAUCUUCUCUCCCAACCCGGACACUCUGAAGGGAGGGCAGGAGCGCUCCAAGGUUAGUCGCUGUCAAGUCUGCAGCAAGAUCUUGUAGUACCGGGAGCGACCACACGGGGGAGACGUUCAAGAACAAAGUGACUGAAAAUGGCGGACAUCUUUGGCAGUGAUGAUGUUUGUGAUGAUGUUUGCCAUGAGGAGUGAAUGGGAGAAAAGAAUUCAAUAUGAGAAAAGUUACACUGCAAA